UGCAGCGCCGUUCGGUUCCCGGCGGCCCAGUCCAACUUCAUCCGGGUUCGGGUCCCGAUCCGGGUUCUGAUUCCGCUCCAGGCGCGGUGUUUAAGGGCCUCCGAAGAGCUCCGGCCGCGGGUUCGAGCGCAGCGCUUCGCAGCCAUGGCGGGGGACGGGACGGAGCAGCGCGCGCUGCAGUACGAGCAGACCCUGAUGUACGGCAGGUACACGCAGGACCUCGGGGUCUACGCCAAGGAGGAGGCGGCGCGGCUGCGCGACCAGGGGGGGCUGCGGCGCUCCGUCAGCGAGAGGAGUCGCUCCAUCGAGCUGCUCGAGUACGACAAGGGGCGCUGCGCCAAGUGCCGAAGGUUCCCGUACUCGCUGGAGCCUCCGCCCCAGGACUUUAUCUCUGUUUGUGCGGUGCGCUGUCAGAAGUUCCUCAUCUCACGGGUGGGCGAAGACUGGAUCUUCCUCAUUCUUCUCGGCCUCCUGAUGGCGCUGGUCAGCUGGGCUAUGGACUUCGCCAUCGCCAUGUGCCUUCAAGCACAGAAGUGGAUGUACGGGGGUCUCGACAGCAACGUGCUCCUUCAGUACCUGGCCUGGGUCACCUACCCCGUGGUCCUCAUCACCUUCUCUGCUGGCUUCACACAGAUCCUCGCCCCCCAGGCUGUUGGCUCAGGGAUCCCCGAGAUGAAGACGAUCCUGCGGGGCGUCGUCCUCAAGGAAUACCUCACCUUCAAAACGUUUGUGGCCAAGGUGAUCGGGCUCACGUGCGCACUGGGCAGCGGGAUGCCCCUGGGCAAGGAGGGCCCCUUUGUUCACAUCGCCAGUCUGUGUGCGGCGCUGCUCAGCAAGUUCAUGUCUCUUUUUGGAGGUAUCUAUGAGAACGAGUCGCGGAACAUCGAGAUGCUGGCGGCAGCGUGCGCCGUGGGGGUGGGCUGCUGCUUCGCCGCACCCAUCGGAGGUGUGCUCUUCAGCAUCGAGGUCACGUCCACCUUCUUCGCCGUGAGGAACUACUGGAGAGGCUUCUUUGCAGCCACGUUCAGCGCCUUCAUCUUCCGUGUCCUCGCCGUCUGGAACAGGGACGAAGAAACCAUCACUGCUCUCUUCAAGACGCGCUUCCGCCUCGACUUCCCGUUCGACCUGCAGGAGCUCCCCGCCUUCGCCGUUAUUGGGAUCGCCAGUGGCUUCGGGGGGGCUCUCUUUGUCUACUUUAACCGGCUGAUCGUCCAGUUCAUCCGCAAGCAGAAAACCAUCAACCGGUUCCUCAUGAAGAAACGACUGCUGUAUCCUGCCUUGGUCACCCUGCUCAUCUCCACACUGACCUUUCCACCUGGGUUUGGGCAGUUUAUGGCUGGGAAGCUCACCCAGAAGGAGUCCCUGGUGACCCUGCUGGACAAUCGAACGUGGGCAAAGCAGGGCAUCGCUGAGGAGUUUGACUACAUUGGUCAUUCACAGGCCUGGAAGCACCCACAGGUCAACGUGUUCGUCACCCUCGUCCUCUUUAUCGUCAUGAAGUUCUGGAUGUCAGCUCUGGCCACCACCAUCCCGGUCCCCUGCGGAGCCUUCAUGCCAGUCUUUGUCAUCGGCGCGGCAUUUGGACGGCUUGUUGGCGAAAGCAUGGCAGCUUGGUUCCCUGAUGGGAUCCACACAGACGGGAACAUCUACCCCAUCGUGCCGGGUGGCUACGCUGUGGUGGGUGCGGCGGCCCUCUCCGGCGCGGUCACUCACACGGUCUCCACCGCGGUCAUCGUGUUCGAGCUCACGGGUCAGAUCUCGCACAUCCUGCCGGUGAUGAUCGCGGUCAUCCUGGCCAACGCCGUGGCCCAGAGCCUGCAGCCCUCACUCUACGACUCCAUCAUCCGCAUCAAGAAGCUGCCGUACCUCCCGGAGCUGGGCUGGGGGCACCACGAGAAGUACAACAUCCGUGUGGAGGACAUCAUGGUGCGCGAUGUUCGCUACAUCACACUCAACUGCAGCUACAGGGAGCUCCACGAGGUGCUGCUCUCCGGACACCUGAAGACCCUGGCGCUGGUGGAGUCCGCAGACUCCAUGAUCCUGCUGGGCUCCAUCGAGCGCUCACAGCUGCAGGCGCUGCUCACUCAGCAGUUGGGACGACCGCGGCGACUCGAGUUCCUGCGGCAGCGUGCCCUCAAUGCCAGGAAGAGCCAGGAGGGGGCGCCGCAGGAGCCCGUGCAGAAGGCGAACCAGGAGGUCCGCUUCCAGAUCUCCACCGAGGAGUCGUCCUUCGGUCCCGCUCGCUCCGGCACCCAGAAGCCCCUGAAGCCAGCACUCAAGCGCUCAUCGGUGGAGAAGAACAGUGUGGAGAUGCCCAUGAGCCCCCAUGAACAUUCCGGAAUGGCUCUAAAGAGCCUGUUCUGCGCCCACCCGGACGCUGCCACUGUGGAGGAUGACCUGGACCUGGAGGAUGAGUUGACCCUCCAAGAGAUUGCAGAGUGGGAGGAGCAACAGCUAGAUGAGCCAGUCAACUUCAACAACUGCAAGAUUGACCCUGCCCCCUUUCAGCUCGUGGAGCGAACAUCACUUCACAAGACUCACACCAUCUUCUCACUGCUGGGCCUGGACCACGCCUACGUCACCAGCAUCGGGCGCCUCAUUGGGGUCGUGUCACUGAAGGAGCUCCGGAAGGCCAUCGAGGGCUCGGUGACGGUGAAGGGGGUCAAGGUGCGCCCCCCCCUGGCCAGUUUCCGUGACAGCGGCACCAGCAGCAGCGAGACAGAGGCCACAGAGCUGCACAAGCUGUGGGAUCGACACCGGAACCUGACGCUGCCGGGGGAACACCGGCCCUCUGACUCGGAGGACAACAAAUCGCAGUGAGGGGCUGCUGAGGGGCGGCUCCCGCUUGAUUUUUGCCCCUGUACCCCCCAAACAAAAAAGAAAAACUCCAAGUGCCCCUCGGCUCCCCCCAACUGCCCCGGACUCGGAGGUCAAGGCGCUGCUACUGCUGUGGGCUGUGACUCAGUGAGGAGAUGUGAUGCAGUGUGAGGAGUACCACCGCCACUGCCGCCGCCAUCGCCGUCACCGUCACACCCAGCAGCCCUUCUAGAAAAUUCACACGAUUCUGACAGUCUUCCCACCGCUCGGAUUCCCUACUGUGUUCCCUAGUGCUGCUCGUUUCACACCUGGAGAGGGAGCAGCACACACUUGCUACUGGUGCUUGAAGUCACACACUGGGCCUUUCCAGGAGCUGAGGAAAGAGAGAGAAAGAGAGAGACACACACACACACACACACACACACACACACACACACACACAGCCUUCCAGGGUUCUACAUAGUCCUGGAGUGUGGUUUAAUCCUUCUGUGCAAUCAAUCACUUUUCACUUUAAUUCUAAGAUACUUUACCUCACACAGAGACCACACUGAGGGGAGCAGACAUGCUGUGUUCAGUUGUCUGGACUUCACACCUGGUCAGAGUGCGGUUAGGAGACCUUGCGACCAUGUUUGUGCCCCACUCUAAUUCUUAGAUUGUUUUCUUUUUUUUUUGUUUAAAUAUUUAUAUAUAUAUUUCCCAUAGCAUUUCCAAUGGAAAGUGACCUGCUCUGAUUCACAGACACCUUUUGAAGGUGUUUCCUACUGGUGGUCGUGGGGACUGUGGACGAGAGGUGCUCCGUGAAUAACCGCUACUUUCGUACUGCUUUACCGCUACGUCUACUCUUGCUUCCGAGCUCCUCUGAAGCCUUAAUGCAAAAAUCAGGAUCACACACACACACACACGCUUGCUCUCCACUCAUGAUUCCGAGCUUCCAAGUUACAGCCGUGAAGGAAGAAACUCUGCAGUCCAUCUAUGCAUCCCUCAAUGGCCGUGUGUGUGUGUGUGUGUGUGUGUGUGUGUGUGUGUGUGUGUGUGUGU